AUGUCGUUAGUAUCUGCAGCUGUGGACGUGAAGCCAGACUCUGCGAGUGAGGCGAGCUCCAGGAAGGGCUCUACGUCGAUUUACCGGUCGGAGGGUCGUCCCAUGUCGAAAGAGGCCAUUUACAAGGCAAAAAUGAAAUACGGGUACUACGAAUCGCCCGCGAAAGUGACUGGGACUGGGGUUCAGGACGCUAAAAUGGCGCCAGACGUCGCUGCCAACAUCGCGAACCAGAACAAGGCUACCAUUGAGGCGUACAAGCGUCUCACUGCCGGCGCAGAAGCGUCGCACGCGGCCACUUUUGUCUCGAACCGAAGCCGCGCGUCAAGCCUUGUUUCUACUGCAAGUGCUACUACUACAAAGACCGAAACUGGUUCUUUGAGAGCUGCUGCCGCGGCUAGUGCACUAGCCCCCAAGCCUGUCACGGCCGCGCCGGUUAGCUCUGCAAAACCCCUAAAUCUGUCGAAGGUCCUUACUGGUGCCGAAGCGGCUGCUGAGAAGCGCAUGGGCGAGCGGUCAAACCCGGAGAGGUACGAUUACGUUCUUGGUGUGAAAAGUAGCGACAGCGGUAAAGCGGCUGAGCGCAGUUUUACGCUCACUUCCGAGAUCAUGGAGCAAAUCACUUCCAAGGACGUAUUAAUCAAAGAAGUCGAAAAGGGAGCCGAUCCACAGCGGUACGCAUCCAGUGCUGCUCUUGCGGUCAAAGAUUUUGAUCCUCAAGCGGAAUCCAAAAAGCAGCUUGCAGAGCGCGAACAGAAAAGAAAAGCGUACUACAGCAUGCUGACUUCACAAGAAGUUGUCGACAUAGCUAAACUGAGGGCCAAGGCUCGCCUUGACGAGAUUGACCGCAGCCAUUCCAGCAAGUUCCUAUAUAGGAACGAAGAACUCAACGCAAUCGCUGUUGCACUGGCUCAAAAGAACUCCUCGCAACGUAGCAAGAAUUUUGGCAAGAUAAAUUUGGGAGGUGGAUUAUGGCUUACUCAAGGUGAUGUGACAAACAUUGCACAGGGUUUAAUUACUCCUGUUCUCGACGAAGUUGAUGCUAGAGCGCUACAUCAAAGAGCUGUUGACGAGGAUAUCAAACAACGCACCGUCGAAUACAAAUCACAUAAUUCUUCAUGGAAACAGCUCCAGGAGGAAAAACUCGCCAACGAUAAGAUGUGGGCCAGGGAAACGAGAUUGAAGCACGCGCGUGAAACUGAGGGAUUGCAAACCCGUUUGGAGCGUAGAUACAACGAUAUGGUUGCAACCAAAGACGCCGAAUUGAAGGAGCACCAGAAACUUCAUUCAGAAAGACAGGCUAGCCAAAAGGCGCUAAUUUUGGAGAGUGCAGCCUCGUUGGAGCAGGAAGCUUCGCGCGUUGAAAGCGAGCUAGCGGAUCUCAAGGAGCAGCAGGACAACGAUGUACAGGCAGCCCGUUUGGAACAAGAUCAAAUCUUGAAGCCCUAUUUCGACAACGUGAAGCUCGCAGAGGAGGAGCAUGAAAGACUACAAAACGAACGUGAGUCUUUGAAAAAAUCCAUUGAAGAUUUGCGCACUUCUAUCGAGAAUCACAAGACGAAGAUCGAGGAAUUACACACGAGCAUUACCGAAUCCGAGACCAAGCAUGCUACGGAGGAGGAAGCUUUGGGCAAUCUGGAAUCUGAAAAAGGUGAGCACGAGACUGAGGUUGAAACCCAUUUCGCUGUUAUUGCCAAGGAAGCCAAAGAACAAGCUGCUUUGUCAUCCGAACAGGCCAGACUAAGACAAUUGGAGAUUGACGCUAUGAUCAAUGAACGUCAAAGCGAGUUGAACGCAACAGAGUUGCAACUUAAGAGAGAAAAACUGACACUUCUAGAAUCUAUGCGUGAAGUCGCAGGUGUUAAAGGUGAAGACAAAAUUGACGAAGCCAAAGCAAAAGCGUUCAUUGGAAUGAGUUCUGAAGAAUUUUUGAAACAAAACGCUCCUAAAGAACAAAAUUCCGACAAGACUUUCCAGCAGUCUGCCUCUGCAAAAUCCAUCAAAAAUGAACAAGGUGUGAUUGACGCUGAAAGCGAGGCGGAAGCCAAGCAGUUGACUAGAAGCGAGCCUACAAAAGAAACUUCGACUGCGGGAGAGAAACCAGCUAGGAGCAAAACUGUCCCAGCAACGGCGCAGAAGCCAGCUUUAGACUCGCUCCCCGAAGUGAAGAGAUCCAAGUCGCUGAAAGAUCGCUUCAUGGGCCUUGUCUCCAAAGAGAAGCCCGCCGACGGUGCAAAACCCGUUAACGAGUCGGCAGUCAAAACAGGAACCUCCAGCUCACCUGUGAAACCAAAAGGGGAAAUACCAAAAGCUGCUGCUAAACCUGCUACUAAACCUGCCAAGGCUUCCAAUAAUAUGAAACCUGUGGAAUCUAAUCACGUAAUUUCUGGAAGCCAAAAGAAGGUUAAAAGUUUAGUACCUUCCGGGGAGGCCAUGGAGCCGACUUUCAGUGGAUUCUCGCAAGACGCCGUUGCGUCAGAACGCUCUGAAAAGAUUAAUGACACAGCGGGCGCCGAACUCGACAAAGAAAGCGAGGGCGAGGACAAGGACAAACUGGACCGGCCCAACCGUGGAAGUCUAUUCAAAGAAUUGAUUUAG